UGCUCCUGUACGCCAUAAGGCUGCAGCAUAUACUUGCAUGUACAGUGGAAUAUUCCAUCUGACAGGUGUUAAGCAAAACCUGAUCAAUAAAACGCAUUAUCAAUAAAAAACGGCCAUCAUCUGACGACAAAAACAACAUCCCACCAACAACUGAGAUUAUGAUCGACCAACCCUGUAAGCGACAUCCGACCCCCACUGCCCCUGGGCUCGAAGCUUAGCCUCCGAUAAAGCCACACUAGCUGCCUAAUCGGGCAACGAUGGGCAUUCCACCUGGUGAUCGACACGCUGUUUCGUAACUCUGUGUGUGCCGAUGUUGCCGCGAAACCGGCGGUCUAUUAUGAUAACCCCACGGAUUGCUGAUGGACUGAUUCGGAUCAAAUUCUGUUAUCAAUCAGCCAUCCUUCAGGGAUGAUAAAUACCGUCAUCUCCCCGACGAUAUUCAACCAUCAUCAUCACCAUCAUCAUGCUCCGGCUGUUCAUCGGCAUUGCCGUCCUCUUCCAGCUCUGCCUGGCCAAAACCGUCACAUACGACUUCAACCUCACCUGGGUCAACGCCAAUCCGGAUGGCCUCCACGAGCGCAAAGUCGUCGGCAUCAACAACCAAUGGCCGCUGCCCAUCAUCGAGGUCGACAAGGGCGAUCGCCUGAUUGUCAACCUGCACAAUGGUCUGCCGGACAAGAACUCGUCGAUCCACUUUCAUGGUCUCUACCAGAAUGGCACCAACAACAUGGACGGCCCGUCGAUGGUGACGCAGUGCCCCAUCACUCCGGGCUCGUCGUAUACGUACAACUUCACCGUCAACCAGAAUGGCACAUACUGGUACCACUGCCACACUGACUGGUGCUAUCCCGAUGGCCAACGCCAGGCAUUGAUCGUGCAUGACAAGACGUCGCCUUUCAAGAACAUGUACGACGAUGAGGUGGUAAUGACUAUGAGCGACUGGUACCACAACAUGACCGAGGAUAUCAGACACACCUUCCUGGCGCCAUCCAACCCCGAUGGAGAUGAGCCUAUUCCCGACUCCUUCCUGGUCAACGACACUCAGAACACGAGCGUCGCUGUCCAGCCCAACAAGACCUAUCUGCUGCGUCUGGUCAACAUUGCUGCCUUUAUGGGGCAGUAUUUCUACAUCGAAGACCACACCUUCCGGGUCGUCGAGAUCGACGGUGUUUAUACCGAGCCAAAAGAGGCAUCGCUGCUGUACAUCCCGCCUGCCCAGCGAUACUCCGUCUUGCUCACGACAAAGAACACCACCACCAAGAACUUUCCGAUUGUGACUGUUGCUGAUUCCGAUUCGCUCGACUCCAUCCCGGCCAACCUGCAGCUCAACCAUACGAACUGGCUGGAGUACAACGCCAGUGCGGCCCAUCCGCAGGCUAUCAUGAGAGUUGAUGACUCGACUGAGCUGUAUCCAUUCGACGAUAUGACUCUCAUUCCCUAUGACCGCAUGCCCCUUCUCCCCGAAGCCGACCAGGUGCUCACCGUCAAUGUCCUCAUGGAAGAAGCCAUCAAUGGCGACGGGUACGCCUACUUUGACAACAUCUCCUACACCAAACCCAAGGUGCCGACGCUGUAUACCGUUUUGUCUUCAGGCGAGUUGGCUACCAACGCUGAUAUCUACGGCAAAUACACGCAUCCCUUUGUGCUGGAACACAAUCAAGUCAUCGACAUUGUGGUCAACAACAACGACACCGGUUCUCAUCCGUUCCAUCUUCACGGUCACAAUUUCCAAAUGAUCAACCGGUUCCCAGCGUAUGGGAAACACUUUCUCGACUAUGAAGACACCGACUAUCGUAUGAUCUACAACCCAUCCAACCACACUCCCUUCCCUGCUAUUCCAGCACGGAGAGACACCUUUGUCCUCCCCGCGCAGGGAUACAUGGUUCUUCGCUUCCGGGCGGACAACCCCGGCGUGUGGUUCUUCCACUGCCACGUUGACUGGCACUUGAUGCAGGGACUGGCGAUGACGAUGAUCGAAGCGCCGUUGCAGAUUCAGGAACGUGUUUCUCUGACUGACCAGCAGUAUGAGGUGUGCAAGGCAGCAGGCAUCAAGACGGAGGGGAAUGCAGCGGGGAAUGCAGAGAAUUAUAUGGAUCUGACGGGGCAGAAUCAGCCUGUUCCUUUGCUACCUUGAUUGGACGAGUGAUAGAUAAGUGAUAGAUGUGGUGUAUAUAAGCUGUUUACAAAAUAAUAAAGUGAAUAGAUGAUAGUUAUAUUGCAAUUAACAUAUAAACAUUGUUAUUCCUCCCAAUUUACAGUCCUUCCAUUAUUGUAUCAUCGUUUAGUUUCCACACUCGUCUGCGCAUUCCGAGAAGGACUUUCCGGUGGCACCGCAGAGACCAAUGCAGUUAUCGAUUUG